CUAGAAUUUGCUACUUUCACUUUUAAUUCUGGGAAGCAAAUAAAGCAAUUAGUUUCAGUUCUCUGUCAGUUAUUUGUGACAUAUUUUAAAAAUUCAAUCGAUUCUCUUAAAAGAAUUAAAGUUUGAUUUCAUUUAUCGUGACAUCACAUUAAGUUACCAGUACCACGAGAAUAACAAGAUGAAGUGCCACAAAUGUGAUCAGAAUAAACUGUCAAAUGAAUUUCCAUUUUUCCCUUUAACAAAGAGCUGCAAACAUGCUUUACUUCAUUGUUUGGAGUGUGCAGUCCAAAGUGUUCAGGAUAUGAAGAAAUGUUCCCAGUGUGGUAUCGAUGUGACUGAAGAUAAUGUUACCUACAAAGAUUAUGUGGAGGCAUUGGAAUUCCUUUUUCCUAACCAAGAGGAUCAAGAAAUAUACUUUGAUGAAAUGGAUGUUUCCGAAGACGUGGGUAAUAUUUAUGUGACUACCAUGUCAGGAGAAUCAUUGACUCUUUCUUAUAAUCGGAACAAGAGAAUUAUCAAUUUGAAGAAAGAAGUAGAAACCGAACUCAAAACGGAACAUGGAAAGCAACGUCUAUUUUUUCAAAAUAAAGAAUGUGAAAACCACAAAACGCUACAAGAUAUUAAGAUCCCUUCAAAUAGCACUUUACAUCUUAUCGUUGUGAUAUGUGCCGUACCAGAUGGAUUAGACGAGCUUAUCUUCCACUUUUGCUGGGGAUUAAGACGUGGUGAAAACAUACCUGAUUAUUUGGAUGUCUCGGUGUUUCCAUGCAGUGGUGCUCACAAUGUCGGUUAUAUAUACUAUCGGGAGCGGAGUCUAGAUUAUGUUCCUGGAAUCGAACAUUCAGGUUCUGCCGAUAUGAGUCACAAUGAGGGAAGUCAAAGUGUGAAUAUAAAUCUCAAGAUAAUUCCAAAGCAUAUUGAUAAUAUAGUGUUUACUCUCAGUGCUUGGCGCUCAUCCAGUGUUUCAGAAUAUCCUUACUACAGGCUAAAUUUUUAUGACUUAAAAGAUCCUGACAAGCAACUGUGCAAUGACAGAGUUGCCACGAGCGUUAAAGAAAGCAGAUCAAUCAUCAUGUGCAGCCUUAUUCGAAAAAAUGACACAUGGGAGGUUAUCGCGGUGAAGAAGGGAUCAGAUGGAUUCACUAGAGAUUAUUACCCUCUGAAAGAUACAAUCGAGUCAUUAAUCAAAAGAAAUUAUCGUUAAAGUUUUAUAUGAAAACAAUCAUGUCAUUUAACCACAACCAUUGAUGAUUCACCAAAGUACAGUACACUACCAUACAUUGUUCUGCAAUGUUGGAAUCAUCAAUCGAACGUAAUUAUCGUUAAAGUUUUAUAUGAAAACAAUCACGUCAUUUAACCACAAACAUUGAUGAUUCACAAACGUACAGUACACUACCAUACAUUGUUCUGCAAUGUUGAAGGGUUGAAAACGAAAAUAGACAGAAAACAUAUAACACGACACUUCAUUUCCUUUGAAUGGCAUGAGAUAUAUUAAGGUUCAUUUUCCUAAGAUUAUAUUGGAGAUAGAUACAGUUAACAGCUACUACAGUGUCUAAAAGGCAGGGGUCAAGAGUAAGGGUCAGGAGUAAAAAAAUAAAGUUCAUCGUCAAAGGUUUAAAAAACAAGCACGAUAUGUAUUUGAGUUGUGUCUAGAUCAUAAAAAACGCCGUGAGCGCGCUCGAAAGUUGUUUAUACAAAACAGCUGUUCAAGUUAUGGCAAGCUCAUUCUAUCUAAUUAAAUUGCCCUCCAAGUUUCAAUUCAGAGUAUGUUUCAUUCAUAAAUUUAAAAGUAAUUUUACGAUCUAAAUACGAAAUAGCUCAACCUGUUUCUAAUAUCUCGAGGAAAAUGUGGCAGAAUACAUUAUAUUUUAGUGGA